CAUCUCCAUCGAUUCGAUCCCCCUCUCCUCGACUUUUCCCCCCAGAUCCGGUCCAUUGAGUCCUACGCCCAGCGGUCACCAUGGCGUCCAGAGAGCCCCAGUUUAACCAGCAGGUGCUGGUCGAUACGACCCCCAUGCCCGAUCACAUCCCCAAGGUGGAGGAGAUCGGUGCUACGUCGGCGCCGCUGUACAGCGCGGCCUACUUUAUCGGAGACCGCUGCAAGCCCUACAACGACGACUUCAUGAAGUGCAAGGACGAGUCGAACGGGCGCGGAGAGCUGGACUGUCUGAAGGAGGGUAGAAAGGUGACGCGCUGUGCGGCUAGCGUAAUCAAGGACAUCAACACCCACUGCCUGAAGUCGUUCACCGCUCACUGGGAGUGUCUCGAGAACAACAACCACAAGCUCUGGGAGUGCCGUGCGCAGGAGAUGAAGCUGAACAGCUGUGUUUUUGAGAAGCUGGGCCUGAAGAAGGAAAUCCCCGGAACUCCCGAGAACGUCGUCCCCGUGCACUUGCGCCCCAAGCAGAUCUACUCCGACUGGCCUGGUCGGCAAUAUUAAAGAAAUACAAAAUGAAAUAUUUUGAGGGGAGCAUAUAUCAUUGUGUGUUUUUCUUAACUGAACCACUACUACUAACUUAACGUUGUCUUUUGUAUUCCGGUGUUUUCCUUUUGUUUUUCUCUUCCCGUCUCUCUGGUUGACGUCUGUUUGUGUAUAUAUUAGCAUCAGGAAUGUCAUUGGUUCCGAG